AUGAGUGUCCCCAUCCCGGGCGUGGCUUGCCCAAAGAUGAUGCAUGACUUUGGUGUAUCUCGGCGCCACACCGUCAUCAUGGACAUGCCGCUUUCCCUGGAUCCGGUCAAUAUGAUCAGAGGCAAGAUCGUUCUCUCAUAUGACGGGACUGGGAAAGCCCGCUUUGGCAUCUUCCCGAGGUACCAUCCGGAAAGGGUGCAAUGGUUCGAGACCAACCCGUGUUGUAUCUUCCACGCCGCAAAUUGCUGGGAUGCCAUUAGCGAAGAGGAUUCAAAUAUCCCUGAGGAUGUGGAACCCACAACAACUGUUAACCUCCUUGUCUGCCGUAUGACUUCUGCCUCUCUGAUCUUCAACACCGGUAACCUGCCCACGCCCGUGUCAAAGACACCGAUACCCUCCAAAUACCAUGAGGAAGAGCAGUGUAGACUGUACUACUACUCCUUCUCCCUCGUCCCACGAAGCCAACGCAUCGUCCACCAAUUUGCGCUCUCAGCCAUCCCCUUUGAGUUUCCUACCCUUUCCCCUGCCCAUACCAUGACCCAAGCCCGUUACAUCUACGGGUGCACCGCGACCUCCCCUUCGGCCUCCUACACCAACAGCCUAGGCAAGUCCGUCAAGAUCGAUGCCCUGGCCAAGAUUGACGUCUCGGUCCUGAUCGCCCGCGGAACCGCAACCAACAACCCUUCCCCUCCGGAGCCGAUAAAGGGCUGUGUAGACACCCGCUCCGUUUCAGAGAUCCUCACUUCCCCCUCCUACUCAUCCUCUGAAGAAGACGACCCCAUCAAAAUAUUCACCUUCCCACCCAACCACUACGCACAAGAAGCCCGCUUCGUGUCCCGGCAUAAUGGCAUAUCGGAAGAUGACGGGUGGCUGCUCACGUACGUCUUUGACGAGUCCCAGCUUAAUGAAGAAUCGGCGGAGUGCAUGGAGGGGGCAAAGAGCGAGUUAUGGAUCAUCGACGCCAAGGGGAUGAGGGAGGUUGUGGCGAGGAUACGACUGCCACAGAGGGUACCGUACGGUUUUCAUGGGGCCUGGUUUGGCGAGGAGGAGGUGCUUGGGCAGAGGGGUGUUGAGAAGGUUAGGAAGAUCGAGGACAUGGAUGGUGGUGAGGGCGGAUUUUGGCGAGUGGUAAAACAAUGUAUUGGGCGGUGGUUACUGAGGUGA